AGGGAGGACAUUACAAAGAAACUACAUACACUGAAGUCACAGUUUCUGAGGGAAAGGACUGCUUUGAAGACAUCGAAGAAGAGUGGAGCUGGCACCGAUGAAGUGUAUACUUCGAAACUGUGGUGCUUUGAUGAGCUGUCUUUCCUAGCUGAGGGACAGGUCAUCCGUGAAUCUACCUCCAAUCUGGAUGAAACAGCAAAGACCCAACAAGAUGCAAAUUGAUUGCACUUUGGAAAAUGCGGAAUUUACUAGCCAUAAUGCCAAAUGCAUUUUCGACGACACGGCGUGCCCUUGAAAGUGUGUAGGAGAAAAUCCUUUGUCUGUUAUCCUGAUGUUUGAAUGGAUACGGUUUCAUGAAGUAUCUCUUCAAGGGAAAGGCAUCAUCACCGACGAACACAAAUGGCAGUGUUCUGAAGCUGUCAGGAAGCUGUUCAUCUGUAGGAAGACCGAGCAUUCCGUCUUGCAGGUUGCUGAAGUGGAAUCUGCGCCGGACUCUGUCGACGAUGUGCCUGUCUCUGAUCCCUCCUUCACACCUUCACCCGCACCCAGCCCUACCCCUACGACUUCUGGGAUAGCCUCGCCCUCCCCUACUCCAUCAACUAGUUCAAGAGUGCCUUCACGGAAGAGGAAGCAAGUGGAAGAGGUUGAUAAAGUGAUUGCACUUGCUCUUGAUAAGCUUUCCUCUAUUCCCAGUCAUGUGGAUCUAGAUCCAUGUUUGGAUAUUUUUUCUAAGUUUGUUUAUGGUGAACUCAAAAACAUGGAUGAACAGCAAAGGAAAAUAGCCAAGAAACUAAUAAGUGAAGUGCUAAGUUUAGGUGACAUGGGCCGUCUGACUUUUGAUUACCAGAUUUUGAAAGUAGUGGGUUCUGAUAGCUUCAUUGCUUGAAAACAUAAGUUAAGCAGUUUAUUUUUUCCUGUAAACACUUAAUAUAUCAUGUCUUACCUAUAACAAACUAAUUUUUUCUGUGAACAAUAUUCGAUUAAUCUCAC